ACCACUCCCUCUGUGAUCAUAUAUAAUCACGUCCUGCAGCGGUCUGAUUUACUGACAGGACUCAUCAAACUCAGUGAUUUGAUCUCGCACAGCAGUUCUAAGUCAUGGCAUGCAUUUAUGGAGACGUCAUGAAGAUAGACACCACCGGUGCAUCAGAGCAGACAGCAAAACAGGAUAAAUUAACUGUAAAGGGGGUUGACGCCUCUAAAAAACUGGCUGAGGCUGAUCUGACCCGGAUGGAGAAAUACAAGAGUAUAAUCACUAAAGUUGGCAAAGCAAAGAAAAUGGACCCGGCUGUAAUUGCGGGGAUCAUAUCCAGAGAGUCCAGAGCCGGGGCCGCUCUGAAGAAUGGGUGGGGCGACCAUGGCAGGGGCUUUGGUCUCAUGCAGGUUGACAAAUGCCACCAAUCUGUAGGUUUAUGGGACAGUGAGGAAAAUGUCACGCAAGGAACUGAGAUUCUCAUUGGCCAGAUUAAAGCAAUUAAAGUAAAGUUUCCCCAGUGGACCCCAGAGCAAUGCUUUAAAGGGGGAAUAUCAGCCUACAACGCAGAUGCGAAGAACGUCCAUUCAUACGAGCGCAUGGAUGUGGGCACCAAAGGAGAUGAUUACGCCAAUGAUGUUGUGGCCCGAGCCAAGUGGUUCAAAAGCAAGGGUUACUAAAGAAUGCAGUUAUGAACCCGUAAAACGUUA